CGCAAACAACCUUCGCCUCCUCCUCACGCUCAGAUUAAAUAUUCUGCGCUUCUGUUUCGCGCCCUCUGAGAAAAGGCCAUGGCUGCAAUGAAGGUCAUAGCAAUAUGUCAGUCAGGGGGUCAGUUUGCCACCAAUGGAGAUGGAUCAUUGUCGUAUAAAGGUGGCGAGGCAUAUGCAAUAGACAUUAAUGAACAAACAAAUUUGAGUGAUUUUAAGUCCGAGGUAGCAGAGAUGUUUAAUUGUAGUAAGGAUAACAUGCUUCUUAAGUACUUCCUACCUGGCAACAAAAUGACACUUAUCACCAUCUCUAAGGAAAAGGAUUUGCAGAGGAUGAUUAAUUUUGUUGGUGACUCUGGCACUGUAGAUGUGUUCAUCAUGUCAGAGGAAGCUGCUGCCCAAAACAUGUCCGUCAUGCCUGCUAGCAGGUCUAGCAGAACAACUUUGUCAGAAGAUGAUGAUCCUAUCAUUGCUCCUGUUGAUAUUCCCAUUGAAAUGGCCAAUGUCAUUGACCAGGGUGAUAUAGACAUGCAAAAUGAAACCCCUAUAACCUGCACUCCAAUUAAUAUCCAGGAGGAGAAGCUGCUUAAAGCUGCAGACCAUUGGCAGAACACCAUAACUGGUGUUGACCAAAGGUUUGGUAGUUUUAAUGAAUUCCGAGAAGCUCUUCAUAGAUACUCAAUUGCACAUGGGUUUGCAUACAGAUAUAAGAAAAAUGACAGUCAUCGUGUGACUGUCAAAUGCAAGGCUCAAGGUUGUCCCUGGCGGAUAUAUGCAUCAAGAGUGGCAACUACUCAAUUAAUCUAUAUCAAGAAAAUGAACUCAAAACAUACAUGUGAAGGAGCUGCUGUUAAAGCUGGGUAUCGGUCCACAAGGGGUUGGGUUGGAAGUAUUAUAAAGGAGAAACUGAAAACUUCUCCAAACUAUAAGCCAAAAGAUAUUGCAGAAGACAUCAUGCGAGAAUAUGGGAUUCAACUGAAUUAUUCUCAAGCAUGGCGGGCAAAAGAGAUUGCUCGGGAGCAGCUUCAGGGGUCCUUCAAAGAGGCAUAUGCUCUGAUACCAUUUUUCUGUGAGAAGAUAAAGGAGACAAAUCCUGGAAGUAUGGCCACGUUUACCACAAAUGAUGACUCAAGCUUCCAUCGUCUAUUUGUCUCAUUUCAUGCCUCAAUAACUGGUUUCCUACAGGGUUGCCGACCUCUCCUUUUCCUUGACAGCACUCCUUUAAACUCUAAAUACCAAGGGAAUUUGUUGUCUGCAACUGCUGCAGAUGCUGAUGAUGGUAUUUUUCCAGUAGCAUUUGCUGUGGUAGAUGCUGAGGAUGAAGACAAUUGGCACUGGUUUUUGCAGGAGCUGAAAGCAGCAGCACCUAUGACUGAUCAAAUUACAUUUGUUGCAGAUAUUCAGAAUGGUUUAAAGAAAGCAUUGGCUGAGGUAUUUGAUAAGUGUUACCACAGCUAUUGUUUACGUCAUCUAGCUGAGAAACUUAAUAGAGAGUUGAAAGGGCAGUUUUCUCAUGAAGCACGGCGGUUCUUGAUCAAUGACUUCUAUUCUGCCGCUCAGGCAGUCAGACUUGAAGGUUUUCAACAAGCUGUUGAAAACAUAAAAGGUAUUGCUUCUGAUGCUUACAACUGGGUUGUACAAAGUGAACCAGAGCACUGGGCAACUGCAUUCUUUGGGGGAGCAAGGUACAAUCACACAACCUCAAACUUUGGGCAGCCAUUCUAUAGUUGGGUAUCAGAAGCAAGUGAGUUGCCCAUAACACAAAUGAUUGACAUCCUGCGGGGUAAAAUGAUGGAGUCUAUCUACAAAAAUAGAAUAGACUCAAAUCAAUGGAUGACAAAGUUAACACCAUCUAAUGAGGAAAAAUUGCAGAAGGAAAUUGCAGUAGCACGCUCGCUUCAGGUAUUACUUACGGACGAUAACGUAUUUGAAGUUCGUGGGGAAUCUGUUGAGGCUGUUAAUAUUGAUAAUUGGGACUGUAGCUGCAAGGGGUGGCAACUAACUGGUUUACCUUGCUGCCAUGCUAUUGCUGUCUUGGAUUGCAUGGGUAGAAGCCCAUAUGAUUACUGCUCCAGAUACUUCACAACUGAGAGUUACCACUUAACAUAUGCUGAAUCAAUUUACCCUGUCCCAAGUGUAGACCUCUCAGACCAGGAUGAAUCAGCUCGGUUAACAGUAACUGUAACUCCUCCGCCAACUAAGCGUCCACCAGGUCGGCCAAAGGCAAAGCCAAUUGAAUCCAUAGACAUGAUGAAGCGGCAGCUGCAAUGUAGCAAGUGCAAGGGCCUUGGCCAUAACAAGAAGACUUGCAAAGAAUCCUAGUGAAUAUGUUGGGAUAGGGUAAGUGUCUUUACUGCUUGUCAGUUGUGUGAAUUUUGAUGCUCUUGCUUGUGUGUGUGUAUGUCAGGUUUGUGUCAUGCCUAUUGGAUUUUACAUGAGCAAUGUUGUUAUUCAUUUUAAUGUUAAUUACCACUAUCCAUGGGAUUUUGUGGUUAGAUUUGCAUUAAAGUUAUGAUAGCAUGUCCUUAGAUUUACCUAUGACUCUGAGCACGGUGCUUUGUUAGGCUUCUCCUUGGGCAGUUAAAUAAUAUUAAUUUAUUAAUCAAUGUUGAUACAAUAAUUUGACAUCCUCUGG